UAGUAUUUUUGAUUAAUCAUUCUGUUAAAACCAGCGAAAGCUUAUUCGAGUUUCCCCCGCCCUGUUCCACUUCCAAUUGUUCCGCCUAUCAAAGUUUUUAUCGAAAUGCUAGGUUCCAUCUUUAAAAUAACGGCACAUGGCGUGAAUUUGUAAAAACCCGCUAAUAAGCUCCGCGAGUGAAUUUUCGAAAAAAGACUGUGUUCUCAUUGAGAAAACUAAAAAUAUGCGUGAACGAGAUAAGAUACGAUGCUGGAAACAGAUCUUGGAAACGAUGGGGAUCGAUGCCAUGGAGGAGGAGGAGUGGGCGCAUGCCUACCAAGACUAUAUGCGUAGCUGGAGGAGGACCUACUACAUCCGGCACACCAGAAGUGAUCUUUUGCCACUCCGAAAUCAUAUGCAGCAAAGACCCAUCGUCCUUAACAGUGCUCCUUCCAGUUCUUCUUCGCUACCAACCGCUGCUGCUGCUAGUUCCUCUGUAGCCAGUGCUGCUUCACCUAUGACCCCUCAGGCCUUCAAAUAUACUGGUACAAUUCCGAAGCGCCUUGAAACAAUUGCAACACCCACCUCGACUGGCAAUUUCAAUGAUUCUGAACAUGAUCCUAAUAAGGAAUCUGGUUCGAAACUUUCCCAGCACCGAGAGCCAAGUGCGCCAAGUCGCGGCAAGAUUUCUUCAUUGAUCAGGACACAGAUCAUUUCAUCAGAUGAAUCUGGCGACGACCUUGACGAAUCAUUGCCCCUAGCUGAGUGGCAGAAGCGUGCCCAAAAGGAAAACCAAGUUAAAGGAAAAGAGGAACCCGUAGCGCCCGUUAUUUUUCCCAUAAAACGCAAGAGGGGGCGUCCAUCGCUGGCUGAGAAAGCCCAGAGGGAGCAGCUGCAGGCUGCGUACAAAGCUCAAGAGCUGCCAAGCUCUUCCAAGAAUCCGAGCUUGGUAACACAUGAUCUUUCUGAGGAAAAACCUAAGAAAAAGGAGAAAGUAUACCAUAAUCCGUUGAUCAGAGCGUCCCAAAAACACUUGAAAGCAAUUGAGCAGCAGUAUCGAAGGUCUCCAAAAACUCCGGGUAUGCAGCAGGCUACACCAUCGAAACAGAAGGCAACACCGUCGCACCAAAAGGCUACACCAUCGCAGCAGCAGCGCAAGACUAUACAAAUUAUAGAAGAAUCUCCGCAGCGGAUGCAACCGAACCGUAGUCAGAGGGCGGCCAACCUAAGAGAAGAUGAGUUCGCCAGGAGUUCGCCGCUAGCCAAGAAACGGACUCAAGCAAGUGGCUUAGUAAUGGUAGUAAGCAGUCUGGAAAUUUCAUUAGUUAACGACCCCUAUUUGUUGCCACAGAUAAGCGAGGAGGGCACGCCGAUGCCCGCCCACAUGCCGCCGACCCCCAUGAACUUGAUAUGCCAGCCCAACAACGAGCAGCAGAAAGAGAAGCAGAAGCAGGAGGAGGACGACGAAUGCGCCGCCGAGAACCUGCAUUUGACGGAAAAUAUUCCUGAGAGAUGUGAGUCUCGGUCUUCGUUUUUCAACAGCAUUCUCAACGACCACAACUAUAACUUGAUAGAUGGAAACGCCAUGGGUACUUGUGAUUUAAAGAUGGAGGACCUAUUGCUGGACGAUCCCAUGGUGAUGGCAGAUCCGGCCGUUGAAAAUUCAUUCCCCAUCAUUGAAGAGUUCAAAUUCCCAGAGGAAAACGUGGUCAACAAUGUAGAUGUAUUUAAUAUGGACCUGGAUCAACCCAUGCUUGAGGUAGAUCUCGUAGACAGCAAGUCACCCAUCGAGAUUCAUCAGCAGAUGGCUGGUACAUCCGACUUCUUUGACAAACUGCCGGUGCUCUCAACAGUCGAGGUGGAUAAGUCUCAUUUAGUGGGCCUGAUCGCCGCUGAGCCGGAAGAGCUCGACUACGAAGAUGACGAUGAUGUUCUAUCGGUGGCAACCUCGUGGGACGGACUGGACGACGAGAUGUUCCAAAACCAGCCACCUACUAAGGGUAAAACAAAGUCCAAUAACAAAGUAGAAACUGUAGAGGUCGCAACCAAUUCUCACACUGCUACAGAACCGAAGCCCGAGGAGAAUCAAGAAACAAGAAGCGCUGAAACAGCAACACGAUCGGCACAUACACAGUCGAAGAUAUCAGCAGCAAAGCCGAAGCCCAAUGAGAAACAAGUAGCCAUACCGACUGCAACAGCAGGACGUCCCUCUGCCACGGAGACGUCAGCACCACCUAAACCGAAAACCGGAGAAGACAAGGAUCAGGCUAAGUCAGGAGCUACCACGGAGAAUCAGAAGGGGCCAUUUCGCAUUCCCAAGGUCAGCCAGACUCAGCUAGAAGCGCAGCCAUCCGUCAUGAAGAUGCUAUAUGAUCAGCAGGAGAAAGAGAAAAAGGAGAAGGCUCGAAAGCCAGAACCGACGCAGCCACCGGUCCCAUCGACAUCCAAAGCUGUGAACCGGCAACGGGAGGAAGCCACAGCUGCGCGCCACAGUAAGGUGAAGACUCCAGUGUUUGGACCGCUUUACCAAACUACCGCCCCCGUAUCGCAAGGAUCCUCUGCACCAUUCCAAGAGAUUCCACCAAGAAUGCAAGAAAGCGUUCUAACGAACAAUUGGAUGACUGAUGUUUAUGGAAUCAAGUGUCUGCAGUUUUUAGACGAUAGGUGUACAGCUGUUGGUUGCAGCCAUGAGAUGAGCAGCGUGGGCGAAGUCCAGAGGCGCCUCAUGCAAAUGGACGAGUCGAUCCUUAAGAAAACCUAUUGCCUGUCACUCCGCAGUAUUGUCAUCUUCAAAAACUAUUUCGUUUCGUUCGCCGAGAUAUUCGUGCGACGCAAUCACAGCCGCCAAGUUCUGCAAAUGAUAUCCGAUUGCCGUUUCUACAAGCACGUCGCCGGGCCCUUGAUAGGCUCCAUUUUUGGUAUCCUGCAGCAGUGUGGCAUGGAGAAAGAGAUGGCGCGCGUGCUCAUGACCGAUCUCUGGAUGCCGAACAAGGCGCACAAGUUUCGGCCCUUGACAAUUUCAAUACUUGAAAUAUUGUCGAAAACUAACUGGCUGGACUAUGUGGAUCAAAUCUUUCAACUGGGAAUAGAGUACAAGUUCUGCAUACCCAUGGAAUUGGUAUAUCUCAUCUUAGAAGCUGCUAAAGACAGUCGCCAGGAACUGGCCCAUCCCGGCAUGCUCUUGAUGAUUAACAGAUCUGUGGUCGAGCUUCAAAAUCCGAAAGCCAUUGCCGUUCUAACUACGUUAGUCAAAAACAGUCCAUCAUCCGCCAAUCUCCCAUCCAUUCAACAUCUAUUAUCUAAUCAGAACGGCCAGUCAGAUGGAGAUUCAAGGGCCGCUCUAGAUGCUCGCCCAGGAACAAGCCCUAGUCUGAUUUCCGGUCCUAACCAAGGUGUUGUUCCGGGAUCUAACCGGUGGAUGGGUCUUGGUUCGUUCGACGCUCCUCCUCCAGCUGCCAACAUGCAAGUUCAGGGCUCUUACGGUGGACAGCCUCCACCUGCCAACAUGGGACAGGUUCAAGGUACUUACGGUGGGCAGCAUCCAUCUCCCAACAUGCACGUUCAGGGUUCUUACGGAGGACAUUCUCCAGCUCCCAACAUGCAGGUUCAGGGUUCUUACGGAGGACAUUCUCCAGCUCCCAACAUGCAGGUUCAGGGUUCUUACGGAGGACAUUCUCCAGCUACCAACAUGCAGGUUAAUGGUUCUUACGGUGGACAGCCUCCACCUGUCAACAUGGGUCAGGUUCAAGGUACUUACGGUGGACAGCAACCUCUUCCCAACAUGCACGUCCCGCCUCCUGCUGUCAACAUGGGGCAGGCUCCAGGUACUUACGGUGGACAGCAACCCCUUCCCAACAUGCACGUUCCGCCUCCUGCUGUCAACAUGGGUCAGGCUCCAGGUUCUUACGGUGGACAGCAACCCCUUCCCAACAUGCACGUUCCGCCUCCUGCUGCCAACAUGGGUCAGGCUCCAGGUUCUGCUGCCAGCAUGGGUCAGGCUCCUGGCUCUUUCAUGGGUCCGCCGCCAGCUACCAAUGUAGGUCAAGCCCCAGGUUCCUACGUGGGAUAUACUCCAGCUGCCAACAUGCAGACUUCAGCUGUAAACAUGGGAUCGAAUCAUGGUUCCAGCAGGGGUCCGACACCAGUGGCCCACAUGGGCCAUGUAGCAGACCCCAACAUGAGUCAGGCUGCAGGUUCCAGCUUCGGGCCGAUUACUGAAGCAGGGAUGGGACCGCAACCAAGUGGUUUUCCGGCAAGGAAUCAGUCUCGAAGGCAGGAGCAGCCGAAUGUGCCGAGCACUUCAUCUGGAGGACGCUUCGAUGCGCCAUUCAAUCAGUUUAAGCCCCAAUAGUUGAUAGAUGGCUAGGAGCUCCUCAUUUUCUUAAAUUCAAAAUCAUGACUUCCCAAGCAAAGUUAUGUUUAAUUAAAAGAACUACUUUAUCCUUGGUUUAAUUUUACUCUGUAUUAUCGUAUAAAAUAAAAUAAUAAAGUACACUUAAUCACACAACUUA